ACCAAGGAAAGACAAAAUGUUCAACAUAUUGUUACUGGUAACACGUAAGACCUUAAUAGACACCAGGUUACCAUGUGUCAGAUGAAUGCAUGAAGAAUAUCAAAAUCAACCGCUUGCCUUUCAUUAAACUGAAAUCUUUCAAAAAAAUUCUGAACUGCGACGCGGCCAACAUUAAAUUUUUCCAAAACUCUCACUGCCAUUCAAACAUUGCGUCUUGCCAAAGAUUCAAACCUUCUCAUCUCUUUCACCAAAAACCAUUACAGAGCGAAAGUAGAACUCAUGGAAAUACCCAUGUAACAGAAAACACAGGGCCACUACAAACAUUUCUCUGUUGCAGAAAAGGAACAAAAAGGGAAAUUUGUAAACAGAAUGUAUAAAGGCCAGUAUUCAGACGUGGAGGCGGGCCCUGCUGUAGCUCUGUAUCCUGACAUUUCUUACUCUGAAAAUAUCGACAGGUGGAAUUUUAUCAGAAAGAUUUAUGGAAUUCUGAGUGUGCAGUUGCUUCUUACAGUAGCAGUUGCAGGCCUUGUGAUCUACAACCCAUCAGUGGCUCUCUUCUUUAACAGUUCCUCUGGUUUCGGCCUUUAUAUACUUCUAGUCAUUUCUCCCUUCAUCUGGAUUUGUGCUCUCUAUUAUUUUCACCGAACUCAUCCCAUCAAUUACAUUUUACUAUUUGCAUUCACAGCUUGCAUUAGCCUAGCAGUAGGUUUAAGCUGUUCAUUCACAGACGGAAAGGUAAUAUUUGAGGCAGCAAUCCUUACAGCAGCGGUUGUGAUUAGCCUUACUCUAUAUACCUUUUGGGCUGCAAGAAGAGGAUAUGACUUCAAUUUCCUAGGGCCUAUAUUGUUUUCAACACUUGUUGUGCUUAUUGUCUUUGGUUUCAUUCAGGUGCUUUUCCCACUAGGGAGGACUUCUGUGAUGAUAUAUGGAGUCUUGGCUUCUAUAAUAUUCAGCGGUUACAUUGUUUUUGACACAGACAAUAUCAUUAAGCGAUAUAAUUAUGAUGAGUACAUAUGGGCUACUGUUGCGCUUUACUUGGACAUCAUCAAUCUCUUCCUUUCACUCUUAACUCUCUUUCGAGCAACAAGGGAUUGAUAAAGCCAUCUAGGUUCUAACAUGUUAAAUGCUUUCUAUGUUUUAAUCACCACACCAAAAUACUAUAGCUAGUCUCUCAUUAAUCUUCAGGGUAUAACAAUGCCAGCACUUCGAAGUAUAAGCUGUUAAAACUUGUUUAUAUGUUACCAUACUUUCAUACCAAUAACAUUUAGUUCAACCUGAUUCUCUCCUUA